UCUCAACCCACACACAUUCAUCCCCGCGCUCACACAUACACUCCCCGCCACCGACACCGCACGCUUGCUCACUCGGUCGUCACUCUCUUCUCCCACCUCGUCCUCGCCUCCUGGUCUGCCACCAUGCCUAACUGUCCCAAGUGCAACAAGCCGGUGUAUUUCGCCGAGCGCAAGACCUCUCUGGGGAAGGACUGGCACUCGGGCUGUCUGCGCUGUGAGAAAUGCAACAAGACCCUCACUCCCGGGGGCCACUCAGAGCACGAAGGCAAGCCCUACUGCAACAACCCCUGCUACAGCGCCCUCUUCGGACCCGGCGGUUACGGCCGUGGUGGCGCCGAGAGCUUCAAGUACUAGGAGGUGCAGGCGACGAGUGGCUGGUGGCUGACGGGCGUCGUGGCUUGGUAAUCAGAAGACGGAGGGCAAGGAAGAAGUAUUCCGAUCGUCAUCACCACCACCGCUACCUCCUCCACCAUCGCUAUAGCACCGUAUGAGUUUGCGUUUCACCUUUCGUAUUGUAUCUUGUGCACAACGUUUUGAUAAAGUAGUUAACGUUUGUCAAUUGAACUUUAGUUUAAAGUUGUGUAUUGUAUUGUUUCCCCGAAGGUUUGGUGUUGUGAUGGAAACUUGUACUUGUAGUUGUGUAGAGUAACUUAUCAAAGUCAUGGCUAAUUAAUGAAUAACCUACCGCCCGACAUUUCUCCUACAUCACCAUUUCCUCCCCAGACAAACCCCAGACUGAUCCCCUCUUAGAUGUUUUUUCCUCCCCAUCCAGAUAAAUCCUUGGCCUCCUUAACUAAAUCAUUACCUUCCUUACUUGGACGAUUAUCAACAAUACUUUCGCUCGGUGUUUUGUCAUCAUAAUACAGUGCUGUCAAACAAUCUAAAUCUGUCAGUGGGAAAAAUGUGUAAGUGAAUAUUACUCUGCCUCAUCCCAGUCACUUUCCUUUACUCCUCUGCUGAACACCUCACUCUCUCUGACCUUAAUAGUGUUUGUAUUUGCAUCUUUAUACAGUUCUUUUUAACAUAACUAAGCAUUCCGCCUUGACUAGAAAACUAUACAUUUAAAACAUAUAGUAGAAAAAUAGAGCUUCAGUAAGGUAUACUUCUACCAUUAUAAACCCACAAAUGGACAUGGGAGUGAGGGCAAGCAAGCGCCAAGCACAGGAGAGGUGAGGGUGGCAGGCUACUCGACCAUUGGCAGUGACUGUGUAUCUGUAGUGUGCUGGCUUAAGAGUACUAUUUUGAGUAGUAGUGUAAUGUUCACAGUAUGAGGGUGUAAUGAAGUAGUACAAUAUAUCCUGUAGCAUUAGAAUGUAUCAUAAAGUAACGGUAUAUCAUAUGACGUAAGGUUGCAUCACUAAUGUUAAAGUAAAGCCUGAACUUUUUCUCUUAUUUCGCAGUAGUGUAUUGUUAACUUAGUAACGGGACCAUACAUUAGCGUUCAGCUGACUAACAUUGUACUGUAGGUCAACAUCGACACAAUAAUGUUUGCUGUGUACCCUUACGUGACAACGAAAGCAGACGUCGUGCCUUACAAUUAAUGCCUCACAAAAUACCGUGCAAACGCUGCACGACCUCGCAGUGUUUGCACAGUGUUGCGAGCAUUGUGUUGUACGGCUAAACGUUCUUCCUUCGCUAAACGUUAAGGUGUGGAGUGUUAGUUUGCAAUAUACUGCCUGCAUACUUGUGA